AUGGCUCAAAUUUUUCGUCUCAACCUUUUUCGUAAUUCUCGACAUAUUUCUUCUCAACAGUUCCUUCGUAAUAUUCCUUCACCAUUCAUUAGCUCUUAUACUACUGAACCAUUAUUUAAAUUGAGACCAGCUCCAGUUCCAUUGGCAAAUCCACGAGAACAAAAAGAAUUUGAAGAAUUGGUUCGUAAGAAUCAUGGUUCUUUUACUUCCGUUAAUGUACAGAUGGAAGAAGAAGAAUUGACAUCAGCGCAUCCUGAUUUACGACAAAAACCUUCUCCUCAAUUCGAAGGUGAUAAAAACCCUAAAACUGGUGAAAUUGGUGGACCUAAACAAGAACCUCUAAUACAUGCUGGAGGUUUAAUCUAUCAAAAAGACUUUGUUGAAGGUCUAAACAAGCUUACUUCUAACGAAUAUUUGGUAUUAGCAGGAACAUUCCAUGGAGUACAUGCUAUAACUUCAAAAAUAUCACCGGUUCGAAACGCAACUUCUUCAGGUUUAGAAGUACUCGAAGCAGACACAUUCAAAUUAUAUUGCUAUCAAACAUUAACAGGUACAAAAUUUUUAAUCAUUGCUGAGCCAACCCACGGAAACAUUGAUUUAUUACUUCGUCGUACUUAUGAUAUUUAUUGUGAUUAUGUUAUGAAAAAUCCUUUCUAUACACCUGAAAUGCCAAUUAAAUCUGAAUUAUUUGAUUCAAACUUGGCCAAAUUAAUUAAACAAGUUAGUUCUUAA